ACGGAUUUACCGCUGUGUUCGUCAAGGAGAUACGUCACAGGAUUUUCUCGUUUAUUGGUUCACUUUUAUAGUGACUCCUUUACCUAAUGCAGUAAAUUUCAGAUAAUGCUACACAAUCAAAAUGGUCAGAGUAUGUACAACCGUCAGUCGUUCCAGCCGCAGAAAGAAUACGGUUACCCUGGUGUUUCUGGUCAGCACGUUUAUGGUGCUUCUAACUCAAAUGUGACAGAUACUUACCCGCAAGGUCAUCCUAACAGCAGCUUUCAGACACCACCUAACUACUAUACUGGAAAUCAAGGACAGAGCUUCCAACCACAAUCUCAGCCUCCAUAUUAUUCCGCUCAGUCAAUACAGAGUGUGAAUCAACCACCGUUGCCACCCAUGCCUCCUGUCCCAAACCAUCAGGAUUUUCUUCAAGGUCCUCAGCAGCCACGUCUUCCUCCAAUGCCUAUGGGACAUGAGGGGGUUUCACCACCCAGUUAUCGACAACCUCAACCUCCAGGUCCGUUUCCAUUGCCAAAUGGUGCUAACACCCAGUUAAAUACAUUACAUCCUCAACAGGCAUAUCAAAAUGGCCCAGUAUCCAGACAACCACAUUUCUCUCAAAGUAUAAACGCAGAUAGAUUACCUAGUCCUAUCGAGGUUAUUGAGAGCAAUCGGGCUCAGUGUACUGGACCUUUUUAUACAGGACAACGAGGUGUUGUGCCUCCUCUAGUCACAACUGACUUUAUAUCACGUGAUCAGGGUACAUGUGCACCUUGUUUCAUUCGAUCUUCACUAUAUUCUGUUCCGAAUUCAUCAGAUCUCCUUAAAACUGUUGGGAUCCCCUUUUCACUUACAAUAUCUCCAUUUGCAGUACAACAUACAGAAGAUAUGAAUGUUAUGAUAAGCGAUAUGGGUCCACAAGGUCCAGUUCGAUGUGUUCGAUGUAAAGCUUAUAUGAAUCCCUUCAUGAAUUUUAUUGACGGUGGUCGAAGGUUCCAAUGUCCACUUUGUAAUGGUUUAACUGAAGUUGCCGCUGAAUAUUUUGCUCAUUUAGAUCAUACUGGACGUCGAGUUGAUGCAGGUCAAAGACCUGAACUAUGUUUAGGCAGUUACGAAUUAUUAGCAACAGCAGAAUAUUGCAAAAACAACCAAUUACCUUUACCUCCAGCCAUCAUAUUUCUACUAGAUGUCUCUCAAUCUGCUAUACGUUCAGGUUUAGUACAGCUAUUCUGUUCCCAAUUUGUAGAACGUAUUCUACCAAAUUUACCUAGGGAAAAAUUUGCAUCACCAGAUAUGGUUAAUCCAAUUCGAUUGGGAUUUAUUACAUAUGAUCAUCAACUUCACUUCUAUACCGUACCUCGUGAGUUGUCGUCAUCCGCUCAACAAACAUCUGAAUCUACAGAUCAGAACACUUAUAACUCUUAUGGUAAACCUCAAAUGUAUAUUGUAGCGGAUAUUGAAGAUGUGUUUGUACCUACAGUCGAAGGUUUCUUGAUACCACCUGAUCCUGUUAUCAUUUCUAGUAUUUUAGAAAUGAUACCUACUCAAUUUUGUACAGAGAAUGCUUUAAAUAGACAACCCACAGAUAGUGUAUUAGGCCCAGCUAUCCAAUCUGGAAUGGAAGCUUUACGUGCUGCAAAUCGUUCUGGAAAAUUAUUUGUCAUACAUGCUAAUCUACCAAUUGGUGAAGCACCGGGUAAAUUGAAAAAUCGAGAUGAUCGUCGUCUUAUAGGAACUGAAAAAGAAAAGACUUUACUUCUUCCAGAUAAUGAUUUUUAUGUUGGACUUGGUCAAACAUGCGUAGAAGUUGGUUGCAGUGUGGAUCUUUUUCUUUUCCCUAAUUCAUUUGUUGAUAUUGCUUCUUUAGCCGAAGUGCCCAGAUUAACCUCUGGUCAUUUAUUCAAAUAUAACUGUUUCCAGGCUGACCUACAAGGUCAUCAGUUUAUAGCCGAUCUUCAACGUACUUUGACUAACCUACAAGCUUUCAACGCUGUUAUGCGUGUUCGAACAAGUACUGGUAUUAGACCUGUUGAAUUCUUUGGUAAUUGUUACCUACCUAAUACAACUGAUGUUGAGUUGGCUAGUGUUAGUUCAGAUAUGGCAAUCACAGCAGAAUUACGUCAUGAUGAUAAACUUCAAGAAGGUGAACUCGUAUUCAUUCAAGUUGCAUGUCUUUAUACUUCAAUAUCUGGACAACGAAGGUUACGUAUUCAUAAUCUGUCAAUUCCAGUGACAAGUAUGAUACCUGAUGUAUUUCGUCUUGUCGAAUUAGAUGCACAUAUGAAUUGGUUGAGUAAAUAUUCAAUGCGUUCUCUACUCAACCGUACACAUUCACAAGUAAUGGAUGAUUUAACGACAAGAGCUGCUAACACCUUGGCUGCUUAUCGUCGUCAUUGUGCUUGCGGUCCGAAUGAUGUAAAUUCGAAUCCCAGUGAAUUAGUAUUACCACAAAAUAUGAAAGUAUUUCCUUUGUACAUACAAUGUCUUAUGAAAACUGAAGCUUUUAGUCCUGCUGACGGUAUCACAAUUGAUGAUCGUUGUUGGCAAAUGUUUUUGGUCAAUCAAAUGGACGUUAAACAAUCCAAUUGUUAUAUUUAUCCUCAUUUAUAUCCUAUUCAUGAUCUUUCACUGAAUUUCGAAGGUGAUAUACCUUAUCCUCCAGCUGCUAUACGCUGUUCAUAUGAUCGUUUACAAAUGGAUGCAGCUUAUUUAUUAGAUAAUGGAAUUUAUCUUAUCAUGUGGAUUGGUCCAAAUAUAUCGUCAGAAUGGAUUCAAGCAGUGUUCAAUGUUCAAAAUCCUGAACAUUUUGAAUCAGAAAAAAUUUAUGACUUGUGUAAUUUUGAUAACGAAAUUUCACGUAAUCUGUGUACAUUGCUGAAAAAAGUUCGUAAAAAUCGUUGGCAUUAUUCUCGGUUAUUGGUUGUACGUCCUGGAGAUAAAAGCGAACUAUGGUUUCGACGUUUCAUGGUUGAGGAUCGAUGCAGUGGUAAUUCGAUUUCAUACACAGAAUAUCUAUGUCAUAUUCAUAAAGAAGUAUCCAGUUUACUACAUUGAUAUUAAUGAUGAUAAUAUGAGCACUAUCGAUAUGGGUUAAUGCUUAGGUUAUUGGUCUAGUAUGAUCCCUUACUUUGGUUUUGUUUAUUCAAAGCAAACACUAUCCUAGUAUUUGCGACAUGAAAUUCGUCGAAUGCCUUACUCUUUUCUUAUGUACUCUUGUUGUUGGAGAACAAUUUUUUAAAUACCCAUUUAUAUUUACAUCAAUCUCAAUCUGGUAUUUAUUCUUGCUAAUUCCUUUGAAACGUGUUAUGAUUAGUGCUUCCUUGAAAUAUUUCAACAAUUUCUGGCUUAUAUAUUAGUGUGAUGCAUCAUGUGUGUGUGUUUGUAUGUGUAUGACUACCAUUCACAAACAAUAUAAACCAUACUACAUAUGAAGGUAGGUAUAGAUUUUAUGUAUGAAAAGAAAAUAGUUAGACGGGGCCCAGUUAUGAACACACACACAUGGUGUUUGUAUUUUCUUUGUUACUGUUCUCAGUUUAUCAUCAUCACAUUGGUUUCACAGUUUGUUACUUUUUGUUUCAUUUGCUUUCUUUCUUUAUUAAUUCAAUAUGAUCCUAUCGUUUUAGAUGAAUAAUAAAGAAGCAACCUAUUUUGAUUCUUUGAAUUACAUCAAGUAGUGUUAUUUUGCGUUUACGCAUAUCCAGCUCAACCCUUGUUAACGAAACAUCAUCACCAUAACUAUAAGCAAUAGGGAUUCAUUCAUCCUUUCUCUUCUUCUAUGCCUUGUUCCCCCCUUCCUUCUCUUUUUUUCUUUUUGUUUUCUGUUCACUGUGGACAACGGCAAUAAGUUUUGUGUUGCUUAAAAUAUACCAAAAUGGUAAUACUAGUACUUAUUAUUAUGAAUGUGAGUAAUGGUGAAUUUUGUUGAUCUCUUUUUACUACUACUGAGGAGAAUUCAUCAGCUUGCUUUUCCCCUGCCCACCCCUUAUCCUGAAACUAAUGUAAUUUGUAUUUUGUAUUGUGAUGUUGUACUCUGGCUUUGUUUUGUUUCACUUAUUAAUUAGAUACGAUGAGAAGAGUGUAUUUGUAUGUUCUACUUUUGUUGUUGGUUGUAAUUCUUUUGUGAUAAUAAUUUUACGACUUCUGUGUGUGUGUGUGUUUGUAGAGAAUGACAUUGACAGAAUAAUUUUUGAAGAUAGAACUAUUGACUUAUUUAUAGCUUUGAUUAAAUUACAUUAAUGUUACAUAUUAUUUCUCUGAAGUGUUUUUUUUCUUAAAGGUUUUCCAGCAUAUUUUGAAUUCAUCAUGAAUUUUUCUUCUUAUGUUCCUAUCCCAAGGAUUAUCGGGGUGUUUGUUUUAAUUAAUAUACGUUUUCAUGAAUAACUUAUUAAACAUCUGAUCUAAUCUGAUGUUAUGUUUAUUGAUGAAGGUUUACGUAUUAAUAGGCUUUAGAAUAAAAUGGGAGCUCACUUUUAACGU